CCCACCCGCCUUUUUCUUACCCCACCUCCCACCCCCCCCCAUGUGACUUUGGAGACUCCAUUUUUGCCUUCUUAUAAAUCCCUUACCACCAAGAAUGUGACCAGAUUAGAACACUGACACACAACUCACUCAUUUCGCCAUUUUAAUUAUACUUCUUUUUCAAGAUUUGGGUUUUGUAACUAAACCAAAUCUUGGAAAUGGGCUUGAUUCGUAUCUGGCUUCUGUCCUGAGAGUUUUGUGAACAGAGAGUGGAAAGACUCUGCAAAUGACGCGCUUGCUGGUUGCCACCUCUCUUUGCUUCUUCUUCUUCUUUCUGGUUUUGGGUUCUGGGAGCUGCGUUUCAGCUCUAACUCGAAAUGGACUCCGACGCACCAGAGAUACUCUCAAAUUUAGUCUAGUGGAUGAAAAUCUAGGGUCGUGGAGAAAUGGAAUCUCAGAAGAGACUGCACAAUCCCCAGGGCCUGCAAGCGAUGCACCUCAAGGCACGCUUGUUUUGGCGGCUAAAAGGACCAACAGGCCAGAUAUUCUCAGUCGGUUUAAGCGUUAUCGAGGAGGCUGGGACAUUGCUAAUCGGCACUACUGGGCAUCGGUUGGAUUUACAGGUGCUGCUGGUUUCAUUAUUUCUGUCCUAUGGUUUGUUGUUUUUGGCAUGGUUCUUGUGGUUCAUCAUUGCUGUGGAUGGAGAAUAAACAUUAAAGAGGAAGAAUCACACCGCUCACAGAGGAUAUGUCUGAUUCUGCUACUAGUCUUCACAUGUGCUGCCGCGAUUGGAUGUAUUCUUCUUUCUGUUGGGCAAGAUGAAUUUCAUGACGAAGCGAUGCGUACUCUAAAUUAUGUUGUAAACCAGUCCGACUACACUGUGCAGACCCUGAGAAAUGUCACAGAGUAUCUGUCCCUUGCAAAAGCUAUUAGUGUGGCCCAGGUUUUCUUACCUUCUGAUGUCAUGGAUGGUAUUGACAAGCUGAAUCUAGAUCUGAACGCUGCAGCAAAUACCCUGACAGAGAAGACAAGUGAAAAUUCUGUUAAAAUAAAAAGAGUCUUCGGUGCUGUGCGUUCAGCUUUAAUCACCGUGGCAGCAGUGAUGCUUCUCCUAGCUGUGAUUGGUCUUUUUCUGUCCAUCCUUGGGCACCAACAUGCGAUCCACAUAUUUAUUGUUAGUGGAUGGUUACUUGUAGCAAUUACAUUCAUUCUUUCUGGAGUCUUUGUGAUCCUUAACAAUACUGUGUCUGACACCUGCGUGGCCAUGGAAGAGUGGGUAGAACAUCCUCAUGCUGAAACAGCACUUAGCAACAUCCUUCCAUGUGUUGACCAGAGAACCACAAAUAAGACACUUAGCCAGAGUAAACAAGUUAUCAACGAUAUUGUAAAUGUUGUCAACCAGUUCAUCUAUACAUAUGCCAAUACGUAUCCAUCCCAUGCUGAUCCUUAUUAUUACAAUCAGUCCGGGCCUCUGAUGCCACCUCUCUGUUAUCCAUAUGAUUCUCAGUUGAGAGAUAGUCAGUGUGGGGAUCAAGAGGUGUCUAUUUCAAAUGCUUCUUUGGUUUGGCAGAAGUAUACAUGUGAAGUCUCGGCAUCUGGGAUGUGCACCACAGUUGGAAGGAUAAGCCCAGACAUCUACACUCAGCUGGUUGCAGCAGUUAAUGAGAGCUAUGCACUUCAGCACUAUACUCCGCCCUUAUUGAGCCUCCAGGAUUGUAAUUUUGUUCGAGACACAUUUCGAACAAUCACGUCAAGUUAUUGCCCUCCAUUGGACCAUUAUCUGAAAAUUGUGAAUGCAGGGUUGGCCCUGAUAUCAGUUGGAGUCUUGCUUUGCCUUGUUCUCUGGGUACUCUCUGCAAACCGCCCCGGAAGAAGGGAGCUAGUGUUUGUGAAACUAUCCUUACCGAUAAAAGGCAGGAGAAAAAAGAGCAGUUCCAACAAUAAUACCAAUAAUAGCAGCAGCAUUGAUGUAUCGUCAUCAAAUGAAGUCUAGGUCUUAAGAGUAGAAAUCAGUUAUACAACUAGGAUUUACUAUUGUCAUUAUCUUUUAAAGUGAAUAUUAAAAAGAAAAACCGAGUGGAGCGAAGCUCCAUUCCGAGUUGGGGGCUAAUACCCCGUUUUUAUACUGUAUCGCGUUUCUUAUGUAUAGUUAAAGGAAUCUAAACAUUGUUGAUGUUUGUAAUGCCUUUGGUUCUGAGAAGUAUUUUGAGGAAGUAUUUUAAUCCAGUUUAAUGCUUGAAA